CCACGGCGCUGCCCGCCUGGCGGCUGCGCUGCGAGGGCGGCCGGCAGCGGUGGCGCUACCUGGGCGACGGCGACGGCGAGGGCGAGCCGGCCGGGGAGCGGCGGGCGCAGACGGCGCUGGAAGCGCACUGCCUCGGCCUGGACACGGACGAGCUGCUGCGCCCCUUGCCGGCGGCCGGCACGGCCCGGGAGGCGGCCCUCAACGGCAUGCGGUUCUACGCCGGGCUGCAGGCCGAGGACGGGCACUGGGCCGGCGAUUACGGCGGGCCGCUCUUCCUGCUGCCAGGUCUCCUCAUCACCUGCCACACCGCCAAGAUCCAGCUGCCAGAGGGGUUUCAGGAGGAGAUGGUGCGCUACCUGCGCUCUGUGCAACUUCCAGACGGAGGCUGGGGCUUGCACGUGGAGGACAAAUCAACAGUGUUUGGCACAGCACUCAACUAUGUUGCCCUGAGGAUCCUGGGGCUUGGACCAGAUGACCCUGACAUUGUGCGGGCCCGUGUCAACCUACACAGCAAAGGAGGUGCUGUGGGAAUCCCUUCGUGGGGGAAGUUUUGGCUGGCUGUCUUGAACGUUUACAGCUGGGAGGGAAUGAACACGCUUCUCCCGGAGAUGUGGCUGCUCCCUACAUGGUUCCCAGCGCAUCCAUCCCGGCUCUGGUGCCACUGCCGCCAGGUUUACCUCCCCAUGAGCUACUGUUAUGCCAAGCGUCUGUCAGCAGAAGAGGAUGAACUCAUAAGGAGCUUGCGGCAGGAGUUGUAUGUGCAAGACUAUGCCAGCAUUGACUGGCCAGCCCAAAGGAACAAUGUGGCUGCCUGUGAUGUCUACACCCCGCACAGCUGGCUGCUGGAGGUUGCCUAUGCUGUCAUGAACCUGUAUGAAGCCCACCACAGCACCCACCUGCGGCAGCGAGCCAUUGUAGAGCUCUAUGACCACAUCAAAGCUGAUGACAGAUUCACCAAUUGUAUCAGCAUUGGUCCAAUUUCGAAGACCAUCAACAUGCUGGUUCGCUGGUUUGUGGAUGGGAAGAACUCCCCAGCUUUUCAGGAGCAUGUUUCCAGGAUCCCUGACUAUCUCUGGCUGGGCCUUGAUGGCAUGAAGAUGCAGGGUACAAAUGGAUCCCAGCUGUGGGAUACUGCCUUUGCUGUCCAAGCCUUCCUGGAGGCGGAAGCCCAGAAGAUACCUGAAUUCAUGUCCUGUCUUCAGAAUGCCUAUGACUUCCUCAGGUUCACCCAGAUUCCAGAGAACCCACCCGACUACCAGAAAUAUUACCGCCAUAUGAACAAGGGUGGCUUCCCCUUCAGCACGCGGGACUGUGGCUGGAUUGUGGCAGAUUGCACAGCAGAGGGACUGAAGUCAGUUAUGCUGCUGCAGGAGAAGUGCCCCUUCAUAGCCAAACUUGUCCCCCCGGAGCGCCUCUUUGAUGCUGUCAACGUGUUGCUGAGCAUGAGGAACUCAGAUGGAGGCUUUGCCACAUACGAAACCAAGCGAGGAGGUCACUUGCUGGAGUUGCUGAACCCCUCGGAGGUGUUUGGUGACAUCAUGAUUGACUACACCUAUGUGGAAUGCACAUCGGCUGUCAUGCAGGCACUGAGACACUUCCAAGACAUGUUCCCUGAGCACAGAGCCCCAGAGAUCAGAGACACUCUACAGAAGGGUCUGGACUUCUGUCGCAAGAAGCAACGAGCUGAUGGGUCAUGGGAAGGGAGCUGGGGAGUUUGCUUCACGUAUGGCACCUGGUUUGGUCUGGAGGCAUUUGCCUGUAUGCAGUACACAUACUGUGAUGGGGUGGCAUGCAGAGAAGUGGCCCAGGCCUGCCAGUUCCUGCUCUCCAAGCAGAUGACAGAUGGUGGGUGGGGAGAGAACUUCGAGUCAUGUGAGCAACGCACGUAUGUGCAGAGUGCCACAUCACAGAUCCACAACACAUGUUGGGCCCUGCUGGGGCUCAUGGCUGUCAGGUACCCUGACAUUGACGUGCUGGAAAGGGGCAUCCAAGUGUUGAUCAAUAAGCAGCUGCCCAAUGGCGACUGGCCUCAGGAGAACAUUGCUGGGGUGUUCAACAAGUCGUGUGCCAUCAGUUACACUGCGUACUGCAAUGUCUUCCCCAUUUGGACUCUUGGACGUUUCUGCCGGCUGCAUCCCAACAGCCCUCUUGCUGAGCAGCUGCAAUCCAGACCCUUGGCUGGGGCCGGGAAGACUGCAGAAGCGGCCUUGUCCUCUUGAACCCACACCAUGGCCUCUGACCUGCCGUAGAUACCACGUGCUGUGUGGGGGUACAGGUGCUUCCUGCACAGGAUCUCGGUGCUUAUCUUAACACACAGACCACUGCCUCUGCCAGGGAGGAGAAUGCUGCCGUAGUACCAUGGAGUCUCUGCUUUCUGUUGACCCUCUUCUAAAAAUACGCUUCUUUUAAAGGCUCUUGCCAGGUAUAUUCUUCCUCGUGGAAUGUGCAGUGAAGUGCCUUUUCAGACCAGUCUGAUGAUCUGCAGAGAGAAAGCUGCCAGCUAUGUUGUUUUACAAAUCUAGACAGACUCUCUCUCUCUCUCAUCCUGGGUAGAGCAAGGCUGGCUUUGUCUUCCCUUUUUGUCUUCCCACCUGUCCUACACCCCCAGGUUGGCUCUCUGCAGGAGGAGUGUGGGAUCUGGGACUUCUCCUGUGCCCAGCAUUGUGAUAGAGUGCACUGCACAGUCCAUGGUGAACUGGCCUCUGUUGUAGGUGCCAGCAACUGCCUUUGAAGUGCUCUCUGCACAGAAGUCUGUGCAGGAUGGAUUUCUCUCCUCCCUGAGUUGGGAAAGAGGAGUACUUCACUCAGUUUUGCUGCUGUUCUGUCCCACAGCUGGUGGCACCUGGCUUCCCCGAGCUUCACAGGUGAAGUCAUCAGUAUCAUUCCCACUUUGGAAAAUGGGAAACUGAAGCAGAAAACACUGAGGUGAUUAAUGUCAGGGCACAGCCUAGGUCUCCUGGGCACCAGGCUUCCCACAGUGCAGCAGCUACCCCUGUCUGAGUUAGCGUGGGUGAGUAUUCACAUUUUGUUGUCAGAGCUGGAAGUCAUGUCCACUGAUGGGUUAAUAAAUGGCUAACAGUGUUGCAAGUGGAA